GGUACCAAGGUAAAGAAGUAUGGGCAAACAACUUGAAUCCUUGAGCAGAGGGUUAGGCACUAAGAUUCCAAUCCAAAUUUAUGAUGGAAAGCGAAGGCCAGAACCCCCUAUUCAGGCCGCAAAGUUUGCAUCAGAGGGUGGGAUCAUACUCAGGCAACAUAUUCCAAUAUUUCCACACUAGAAGGAGUACAAGAAGCAAGAGAACGGGGGUAAAAUUACAAACUAUAUUGGCAAGCUUGUUGGUCAAUUCACCAUGGAUGUGGAAAGUAAGGCAGUCAAAGAUGCGUGUGUUGAUAUGAUAAAAGGAGGGCAGCGCUAGAUGAGGUAUAGGCUGAAAAGGAAGUACUUCACCGGGGUUCCUGCAAAUCAAGUGAGGACUACAUCGCCUGUUCCAUGUAUGACUGAUGACCAAUGGAAAGAUUUGGUACAAAUGUGGUCUACCCCAAACCACAAGAGGCAAGAAAAAUAUAAAGAUAUGGAACCUAGUGUAAUUGAUCUUUUCAAGGAGAUGCAUUGCAGCAAGAAGAAAGGAUUUAGUGAGGCCGUUCAGAAAGCUAUAGGUGAUAUGGAAGCAAUGGUGGCAACACCAGUUGAAGAUGGACAGCAUGUGCUGUCUUUGACAGAAGUUGUUUCCAAUGUGCUGUCGGGUUCAAGUAAAUUUCUUCACAAUGCUGGCCUUUUACCUGCCUCCAAGAGAAGCAAUACAAGGACUAUCUCGACAAGGAUGCAAGAGCUUCAGACUCAAUUGGACACUGAGAGGCAAGAAAAAAAUGGAUUUCGAGAAGAAAUGGAAACCUUAAAGGCCCAGUCACAAGCGUCUAAGGCAACCAUUGCUAAUCAAUCGACUGAGAUUGCAGAUUUGAAGAAGUCCUUAUCAGAAAAUAACAGUCUCCUUCGACAAAUAUUAAGCAUCAAUCGUGGCCAGAUGACUCCUCCUUAAGUAUGAUUGCUAGGGUGUUGGUGUCAACCAUCCUGAAGAUUGAUCUCACAAAACUUUAGAUCUCGUUUUAUCCUUAUGAUUGCUGUAGAAAUUAAUAGGAACUACAACUUGUUCUAUUGUUCACUUGUUAUAGAGGAUUAUGAAUCAUGUUUAAUGUUAAAAGCUUAUGUGUUGGAUGCAUUAUGCUUGAAAUAUAUGUGGAUAUUGUUA